AUUCUCAUACUUGCCUUUAGUUCUUUGAACACGUUUUAAGCAGCUGAUUUAACGUCUUUGUCAGGUAUUGCACAGCGAUGCACAGCCAUCAAGUACCACUUUUCUCAGCCAAUCCGCUUACGAAACAUUCCUUUCAAUUUAACCAAGACAAUUCAGCAAGAUGAAUGGCACCUGCUUCACUUGAGAAGAAUCACUGCCGGCUUCCUGGGCAUGGCUGUAGCCGUCCUGCUCUGUGGCUGCAUCGUGGCCACGGUCAGUUUCUUCUGGGAGGAAAGCUUGACCCAACACGUGGCCGGACUCCUUUUCCUCAUGACAGGGAUAUUUUGCACCAUCUCCCUCUGUACGUAUGCUGCCAGCAUCUCCUACGACUUGCACCGGCUCCCGAAGCUCAUUUAUAGCCUGCCUGAUGACGUGGAACAUGGCUACAGCUGGUCCAUCUUUUGUGCCUGGUGCAGUUUGGGCUUUAUCGUGGCAGCUGGAGGUCUGUGCAUCGCUUAUCCGUUUAUUAGCCGGACCAAGAUUGCACAUCUAAAGUCUGGCAGGGACUCCACGGUAUGACUGUCCGCACUCAAGUUCACUGCUCGGUGGCCCGUCCACAGUGCCGACGACUCCUGAGAGGAACGUGGUGGAAUUCAAGUCGGGAUCCCAAGCACAAAGCGGUCUUUUACGUUCCGAACCGUUGCCUGCCAGCCCUUUCUGGACGACUGAUAGAAAAUCAUGCAAAACCUCCAUACCUUUCUACGGACAAGACUACUGUGGAUUCAAGUGCUUUAAUGACUAUUUAUGCUUUGACUGUGAGAAAUUGGGAGCAGUGCCAUGGAACAUUUCUAGGUUUAGAAAAAAGGGGAAAUUGCAAUGGGAAAAUUUGUAUGAUUGCCGUUUAUUUCAGAAAGUUUGUAUAUAACAAUUACCCGAGAGUCCUUUCUAUUUGCAAAAGGGUUCGUAACAAAGCAAGUAUAAUUUUCUUGUCAUUGUACCACGCUUGUUAAGUUUUAAUGCGGUCCCUUCGGCACGUGUCCUAAUGGUGUCUUGUGUCAGCACCAAAUAUCUGUGCAUCAUUGGUGGGUGUUCCUUGUCACGGGAAGAUUCCUCUUCUGUUGCCUUAUUUAUUUAUUUAUUUAUUUUUAAUGGAAGUCUCUUCUCUGUCUUUGUACCGGCAUCCAAAUCCUAAGAAGAACAGACCAACCGUGUAAGAGCUAAUCCGUGACACUAUGCAGUAUUGUUCGAUGUCUUCCCUGUUGGUUAAUCUCUGUCUCUUUCUGUUAACUGGAU